CUUCCCAAAAAGCUCCUACUUGCUUAUUGUCUCUCUUGCAACAAAAUAUAAUUUCAUUUUCUUCAAAUUUAAUUUAACAUUUUGUUUAAUUCCCCUGCUUUCUUGAUGGAUUUCGGAAAACUUUCGCGAUCAUCCACCUCCUCCCCCUUUGAUUGUGUUAUGUUUGACUUGGAUGAUACUCUGUAUUCUUCCCACACUGGAAUUGGUUUGGCUCUCAAACAGAAUAUUCAAGAUUUUUUGGUGGAGAAACGUGGAUUUACAACUGAUCAGGCUUCGUCUCUUCGUGUUGAACUCUUCAAAUCUUAUGGUAGCACCCUUGCCGGAUUACGGGCAUUAGGGUAUGAUGUUGAUGCUGACGAUUACCACAGUUUCGUGCACGGGAGGUUGCCAUACGCGCAGAUUAAGCCAAAUCCUCACCUACGUAACAUCUUACUCAGCAUCACCCAAAGGAAAAUUAUUUUUACAAAUUCGGACCGGGUUCAUGCUACAAAGGCGUUAAACAGGCUCGGGAUAGGGGAUUGUUUUGAGCAAAUUAUAUGCUUUGAAACUCUUAAUCCAAACUUGUCAAUGGCUACUCGUCCAGAUGAAAUUCCUGUUGUUUUAAAGCCUUCGCUUGAUGCUAUUCAAAUUGCUAUUUCUGUUGCUGAUAUCAAUCCUCAUCGCACCUUAUUUCUGGACGACAAUGUGAGAAACGUCGCCGCUGGCAAAGCUUUAGGACUGAAAACGGUUCUGGUUGGGCGAACAACAAAAACUCAAGAGGCAGAUUACGCUCUAGAAUCGGUGAAUAACCUAGCACAAGCAAUUCCAGAGAUAUGGAUGCUCAACGGGUCGGACAAAGACAAUGAAAUGACUAUCGGGCGGUCCAGGAGUGAUCUUGAGAACCUUCUUAUCGUCGGGGCUUAAUAAAGAUAUACAUUUAACAGUUGAAUCAUUUCAUCUAAAAAAGGGUGAAUCAAUUGAUGAAUAUAAAAAUGUUGUAACUGAUCUGAUCUGAUCUAGUUAACUCUAGGUGAUGUAGCGUGUGUAACUUUUCUUCUCCUUCUUGUGUCUUGGGAGAUAUUGUAGAUUCAUGCACAUAGUGUUGUGAAGGCAUCGUUGUUUAGUUGUUGUUUGUACAUGUCAUGAAUUCCAUCUUAUGAUCAUCAAUAAUAAUGUAAAGAAUAUCCAGAUGGAACAUUCCUUAUCA